AUGGAGUACGCUAUUGCUACUAUCGCCGCUCUGGCCAGCCUGGUCGGCCAAACCAUCGCCUUGAAAAGUACCGGGGUCUACGAGAUACAAUUCACAGGCUCUGGAGAUGUUUGGGAGAUUCAACAAUCCAUCGGUGUCAAACAUCUUGUUGAGCUGGUACACCCGGAAGGCACAAAAGCCGAGCACUCCGCCUAG